CAGUGGUCAGACUAAGGUCGCUCACCCGGCCUGCAGUUGUGUCCAUACCACAUGAAUCACCAUGAAGGCAGGGGAUUGACACUGAUAAAAAUGCUAAUUUCAGCUAACAUUUUGUUUUCUGAAUUUGUAAUUGUUUGCAAUAUUUCAACAGACCCUAACUGAUAUGUUUCUGCCUUUUACCCAAAUUCUUCUUUCCUCUUUCCUCUGUUUGCCUGUUGCACUCUGUGCUUGUUUCAGGCAUCUACACUGGCAAACACCCUGUCAAUCACAACAACGGAGUCACGAAGCACUCCCACCAGGGAAUCAAUAAACUGCACUGACCACUGCAUAUUUGCACUCUGGACCCCUGGACAUUGUGCAGCACACGCCAACGCUGCAUUCUGCUGAAGAACAUCUCUGCUCCUCAUCCCUGCACUGAUACCUCUGGGUAGGGCUCUGGAGACUGCACGCCAGGAGGCCUGGGUUGGGUGAAUGCACUGAAGAAUGACCUCGGUUUGGAAAGCAAUGGCAGGUGGACCACUGCUCACUUUGAGCCUCGCUCUGGUCGUCCUUUGGGCUGAAGUGCAGGGGAACGGAGAGGGUAAGAAAGUAUCAGGCAGUUCCACCGUCUAUCUCAGCCAGGACAGAGACAUCUGGAGGCCACUGAUCUACACAACAGUCAACAUCAGUGAGAUCAACAGCAUCAAGUCAUCCUUUCAGUUCCGGACGUUUGACCCUGAAGGCACCAUUUUCUACGGAGAUACCAAAAAUGGGGAGGACUGGUUUGUUUUGUCCCUGAAAGAUGGCAUCCCUUUGAUGCAGAUCAGCAAAGCAGACAUACUUAUUAGUGUGGCAGGAGGCCCCAAGCUUAACGAUGGGAAAUGGCACACUCUGGAAGUGAGCAACCAUGGGAAAUUUGUAAUUCUGGAGGUGGACGGCUCUGAGGGAGUGACGGUAGGUAUGCAGUCCAAACAGACAGAGGAGGACAUUUCCGGUGAACUUCGACUGGCCCUUGGUGGGAUCCUGAUCAAAAAGGAACAGAUGAUUAUUCAGUUUGAGCCGCAAAUGGAUGGCUGUGUGCGGCAAGGCAACUGGCUGAACCUCAGCACCCCCUGGGAAAUAGAGGCUGAGGACCUCUGGCCUUGCUACCAAAACAUCCGACCUGGCAGCUACUUUUCUGGCAAAGGAUUGGCCGUUUUCAACACCUCAGUUUUUCUAACUGAGGAAGAUGAUGGGCUCAAGAUUGAAUUGUGGAGUGAUUUCACUCAGAUGGAUGGAACCGUUUUGAGCAUCAAGGCUCCUGGACAGGACCUGAUGUUCACUUUAGUAGCCAAUAACAACACAAAGGUGGUCACAUUUGCUCUCGGCGAAAACAAAAUCAACAUGAAAAGCACUUUAAGAGGACUGCUGAUACAUUUUAUGAAGGAUUCACUGACACUGCAUGCAGAUGAAAGUGAUCUUGAAAGGACUGAUAGCAUCAUGCCAGUGAACCACCCUGGGUAUCUGACAACUUGGAGAGAGGGACAUCUUACCGUUGGAGGUCUUUUGGGUGACGGUGAGGACAAUGUUGGUUCCCAGUUCUUGACAGGCUGUCUGAGGAAGAUACAGGUACAAGAGAAGGAUUUGGAUCUGGAUUUCGCGGUCAAACACAUGUCGAUCUCCUCUCACAGUUGCCCUGCGUAGCGUAGAUCACAACACCAUGCAUAUGCUGUAUGUGAACUAAAUGUUUGCAUUUAUUAGAAUCAAAAAAUUGUAUUUUUAAAUAGAUAUUUCCUCAACUUUUAACAGAAUACAAAGAUAAAUCUGAGAAUUGUGAGCAGUUCUGUGACCUUGGUACAUGCAAUAGUAUGCCUCUAAAUAAUAUAUCAUUCUCCUUAAAGUUGCUUCUGAAUAACAUUAAUUUCACAGUUGGACUUAAAGCAAAAAUAAGUUCUAAAGAUAGACCCUGAGCCCAGUUUUACUAAGAUCGAGGAUUUAGGACGUGGAAUUUGCUCCCUCUAGUGGAUUAUUAAAAAUGUUAAAUUCAUGCCGUCCAGUCUUGUGUAUGAUGUCAUCUAAUACUAGAUGUAUUUUAAAUCAGAAGACAUGCUUGUCAUCUUUAAAUGAGAAAGGAAAAAGAAAUAGGAGCAAACUUUAUUCAAAAAUUAAACGACUCAUGCAGUUUU